UUGUCCGAGAGGCUCCUCUGCAGCGUCACCCCGUCACCUCCUCGCCUCCAACUCCUGCUCUACUGCAUUCGAGAGUCUGUUUUGCCCCUCACAGCUGCCUGCACCAUGACUGCGUUUGACUUCACGGACGUAGAGGCGUUUCUGGACUGCCACCCGGAUCUGUUCGAGGAGUAUCUGGUCCGGCGGGCGAAAUGCGACCAGGUGAGCAGGUGGCUGAAGGAGCACCAGCCGGCCAAAGCGUCCGCGGCCGAGGAGAAGCGCGGCGCGGCCGUGGAUCCCUUCUGGCCAAGCGGCGCCGACGGGCUCCGGCGCAGGUCCUCUCACAUGGAGCUGCGGCGGAACUUCGCCCGCUCCAAAGCCACCACCGCGCACCGCACCUACGACGAGCACGUGAGCCUGAGCGAGCACGAGUCCCAGUCCAGCAUGAGGCGCCGCGCGCUCCUGCGUAAAGCCAGCUCGCUGCCUCCGACCACGGCGCACAUCCUGAGCGCGCUGCUGGAGUCCAGAGUCAACGUGCCCCAGUACGCGUCCAGCGCCAUCGACUACAAGUACAGACUCAGAGAAACCAACGAGAGGGAGUUCUUCUUAGAGCUGGUAAAAGAUAUUUCGAACGACCUGGACUUGACCAACCUGAGUUACAAGAUUCUGAUCAACGUGUGCAUACUGGUGGAUGCAGACAGGUGCUCACUGUUCCUCGUUGAGGGACCUGCCAACAAGAGGACACUGGUGUCCAAAUUCUUCGAUGUGCACUCUGGCACCACGGUCAGACCGUCAUCCAGCACUCUGAACUCCAACGAAGUUCAAGUGCCAUGGGGGAAAGGUAUAAUUGGUUAUGUGGCAGAGCAUGGAGAGACUGUAAACAUUUCAAACGCAUAUGAGGACCACCGCUUCAGUGAUGAGAUAGACAAGUUAACCGGCUACAAGACGCAGACCAUCCUCUGCAUGGCCAUCUGCAACAGUGAUGGGGAGGUCAUAGGCGUUGUCCAAGCAAUUAAUAAAAAUCCAAUGGGCACCCCUUUUUCUGAGGAUGAUGAAAAGGUGCUGCAGAUGUACCUGCCCUUCUGUGGAAUAUCAAUUUCCAAUGCCAAGCUGUUUUCAGAGUCUCGCAAGGAGUAUGAGAGGAGUAGGGCUUUGUUAGAGGUGGUUAACGACCUUUUUGAGGAGCAAACUGACCUGGAGAAGAUUGUCAGGAAGAUUAUGCAGCGAGCACUAACACUUCUGCAAUGUGAACGCUGCUCCGUGCUUCUUCUGGAGGACAUUGACUCGCCUGUUGUGAAGUUCUCCAAGACGUUUGAACUCAUGUCUCCCUUGUGCAACAUCGAUCGAGACAUUAGCAUGGAGAAGUUAUCCUGCUCCGACUGGCUGAUCAAUAACAGCAUUGCUGAGCUGGUGGCUUCCACUGGACUUCCUGUUAACAUCAGUGAUGUGUGUCAGGACCCACGCUUUGAUACUGAGGCAGAUCAGGCCUCAGGUUUUCACAUCAGAUCGGUCUUAUGUGUUCCUAUCUGGAAUCGAACUCAUCAAAUAAUUGGUGUGGCACAAAUUCUGAACCGCCUUGACAGGAAGACGUUCAAUGAUGCCGAUCAGAGACUGUUUGAGGCCUUUGUUAUCUUCUGUGGGCUCGGUAUUAACAAUACAAUGAUGUACAAUCAAGUUAAGAAGACUUGGGCCAAACAGUCGGUAGCACUGGAUAUGUUGUCUUAUCAUGCCACCUGCUCCAAAGUAGAAGUGGACAGACUCAAGGCUGCCAAGAUCCCUCUGAGCGUCGAGCUCGGCAUAGAUGAGUUCUAUUUCAACGACUUCUCACUGGACAAUGAUGCCAUGAUCACAGCAUCCCUCAGGAUGUUUCUGGAACUUGGUGUUGUCCAAAAGUUUAAAAUCGACUAUGAGGUUUUAUGCCGUUGGCUCCUGACUGUGAGGAAAAACUAUCGAACUGUGGCGUAUCACAACUGGAGGCAUGCAUUCAACGUGUCACAGUGCAUGUUUGUUAUGAUCACAACAGCAAGUUUCCAAGAUGUUCUAUCAGACGCUGAGAUGCUUGCACUGAUGGUCGGCUGUUUGUGCCACGACUUAGACCACAGAGGCACCAACAACGCAUUUCAAGCUAAGACCGGCUCUGCUCUGUCUCUACUUUAUGGAACUUCAGCAACCCUAGAGCAUCAUCACUUCAACCAUGCAGUCAUGAUCCUACAGAGCGAGGGCCACAAUAUCUUUGCAAACCUCAGCUCUAAAGAGUAUAGCAACAUGAUGCAACUACUGAAACAGGCCAUUCUCUCCACAGACCUUACUUUGCACUUUGAGCGCAGAACCAAAUUCUUUGAAAAUGUUCUGUCGGGAGAAUUCAGCUGGACAGAUGAAGGACAAAGAGAAGUUUUCAGGUCUAUGCUGAUGACGGCCUGUGAUCUGGGAGCUGUCACUCGUCCCUGGAAGAUAUCCAAACAGGUUGCAGAGCUGGUGACAAGUGAAUUCUUUGAACAAGGAGACAGGGAGAGGUCUGAGCUUAAGUUAACCCCAGCAGCAAUCUUUGACCGUAAUCGCAAGGAUGAACUACCUGCCUUACAGCUAGAGUGGAUUGAUGGCAUCUGUAAACCCCUUUAUCAGGCACUUCUGAAACUCAACAGAAAGCUGCAGCCAAUGAUGGACGGGAUAGAUGCCAAUCGAGAGAAGUGGCAGGAGCUCUGUUUGUCCUAUCAGCAGACACGCAGAGCCUCGAUGUCCAGUCAGAGUACUGAACCAGGUCAGAACGCACAGUUCAGUUACGAUGCGGAAACCACUGAACUGUCGGGGUGUUCAGAGAGAGGGAAGCCAGUCAAAACCUCAAGGUUUGGGUCCAAGUCAGAGAGCUGUGACGAUCUAAGAUGCAGAACCAACAAAGAGUCCUGCAAUGACAAAUCAGUCCCAGCUGGGAAGAUGAUGGGAAAGAACUAAGGCAGGAUUUAAGGCAGACAGGUGUUUAGCAGGUAGGUCCUUUGAAUGGCGAACAGUGAACUAAUGAAAUGACUGGUGAUGUUCUAACCGACCUCUCCAACUGGGUAAUUUAAAUGCAGACUUCAUCAGCAGAGCCUAUUCCUCUCCCAAGCAUCACUGUGUUUAACUCAGGAGUGGGACAAAAUCCCAUCAGUCAAACUCUAUUUAAAGGACAGUGUCCCCAUUUGUAUGUGUAUAUCUGAAAGUACAUCAUCUCUGGGAUGAGAAGACCGCUGAGAUCAGAGAGGUCCUCUUUCUAAUGUAAUGUUUUUAACCCGACUUUCUGAAAGUUAAAAAGCCUAUUGGAAUGCCUUUUCAGAACAAAAGAUUCACUGUGACAUUUCACAUAAAUGAUCAAUAUGAAUGUAGACCGGAGCAUGAUCCUGUUCCUGAAUGUUUUAGACUGGCUGUUUUAUCAGUUCCAAAAUCUUUGGCUGCACGACAUUAUUUUCAGUGUUUGCCAGUCAACUUCUUCUUUGAAUUGCAUGUGAGUCUUAUCAGUAAUACACUUUACUAUGUUUUGAUGGAGAAAAUAGAAAGAAAAAUAAUUGCUAUAAGGCCUAGAUUUUGUUAAGGUUAUUGAACUCAAACUCUCUGGUCUGUUUAUAUGUGAAUAUGUGAGAGUGUGUAUGCUAUUUUUUCAUAUCUCUAAAGAUAUCACAGCUAAUCAAAUUAUUUUGACAUUUGACAUUACAAUAAUUGUUUACAUCCAUUUGUUUAUUUCUAACUGAGCAACUCAGUCAUUUUUCACCUGAGUAAAACAGACACAGGUGGAUUUGUUUCUGUAACUUGAAUUCAACAUCUGACUGAAUUUUUUUUGUUUUAUCGAAAGUUAAAGUAAAUCAUAUUCAAAACUCAUGCUAUUUCAAUAAAAGCUCAUUGAAAGUUUUGCAUAGAAAGGCAGUGUUUUAGAACAUUUAUUUAAAUUGGUUAGUUACCCCAAUGAAAGUAAAUUCUUUUCUGUAACUCCAUAUAGCUGGACAUUGGUUACGAAAUUCCAUAACAUUGGAUGGGAGUGGCAGCACUGAGUGAUUGUAUUUGAGAUAAAUGUUGAAUAAAAAUGAUAAGAGCCAAUUUUCUAAAUUGAUUUUCUGACAUUUUCAGAGCUGGUCCAAAAUCAAGAAUACAUUGUGCAGUUUGUGUGUACGUAAGC